UCGAAGAAAAGUUAGGCACCGGAUAUGGCUGGCGUUCCUGGGCUUGUGGGGAACUUUUUUGGAAUUCUCUUGGCUGGUUGGCGUCUUUUAAAAAGCACUCUGUAUAUACUUGUAUUAACAUAUGAUAAGGGCGGCCACGUGGAAAAGACUCAACAAGUCAUGGAGAUAUCCUUGUAUAUGGAGAGCAAUGUUUCAGAAAAGGGAAAAUAAAAGGGAAAGGCAGUACGUUAGAAGCAUUUAUAAAGCGGUCAAGAAGAGGAGGCAAGCAUACAGACACACCCCACUUUUUUUUCUUUUUUUCUUAGAGUUUCCUAUGUUUUUUUUUUUUUUUUUCAUGAUGGGAUGAGCGAGCAUCUAAUUUUGAGUGCGUUCACGGAACCUUUGUAUAUAGAACGGCUCCGUUGGCUUGAACAAAAUGCACCCACCUUUCA